UGUUUGUAUGCAAAUUGCUUUCAUAAAAAGGAAAUAUUAAUAUUUCAAAGUUCGAUGCGAUAAUUUAUAAUUUAAGUAGAUGUAAUGACUUCUCCCACCAGCGCGAUUUAACGUGACGUAUAAAACGCAUGACAGUGACUUUCUCGAACAGUAUAAGAUAAUCUUUCACAGUGUGUCUUUCUCGUUCGUGUUUAUUCAACUCAUGAGCAACUGCAGCACUAGUCUGUAACAAAGGAAAUCUCUCGACAUAUAGCUAGAAAUAUCACAAUCUGUGGGACGAACUCCACGUUAUUGUAAAGAUGGGAAAAAUAUAUGAAAGCCGCCUGGAACGACCAACGCCGAACGUAUCUUUGGGAGAAAUCGUACUGGACAAGUUGCGUGAGAAUGGCGAUCGUGUUUAUGCAAUAGACGGACCAACUCGCAAACAGAUAACGCAUAGAGAAAUACUCGAGAAAAGUGUAAAAUUGGCAAACUUUCUUCAAAGGUACGGGAUAAAAAUGGGAGACAGAAUUGGCAUCGCAACUGAAAAUCGAUUGAAUUGGUUAAUACCAGCUUGUGCGACUUUUUAUCUGGGUGCUAUAUGGACACCAUACAGUUUUAUGUACACGGAGUAUGAGUAUAAGCACAUAUUAAACAUCGGAAAGCCACGUAUUAUUUUUGUGUCUCAUCGCACCGAACUUCUUUUGGCCAAAAUCCUAUCAACCUUAUCCUGGAAAGUGGAAUUAAUACAAAUGGACGAUCAACCACUUACGGUGAAUGUUCGUACGUUGACGGACAUCUUGAAUAAGGAACCAGCCGUAAAUUACAUGACAUAUAAAGCUGCAGAUAUCGGUGACCCCAGUCGGCACCCAUUAGUUAUUCUCUGUUCGAGUGGAACCACGGGAUUGCCCAAAGGAGUAACGUUAUCCCAUAAAAAUCUAAUAGCGUUUUUAACGAAAAUAAGCCAACCUAGAUACCUAGAUACGAAGAACGGCAGAAUAUUGUUGCUCGUGCCGUUUUAUCACGGCUAUGGAAUGAGCCUGCUGUUCGUUUGUCUUUACUCGAAUUCCACCGCGAUUAUAAUGCCAGCCUUCGAGCCGAAACUCUUCCUGACCCUGAUACAGGAAUAUAAGAUCACUCAUGUGCCCACCGUGCCGUCGAUCCUGACGUUUCUGGCGAAGCAUCCGUUAGUGGAAAGGUACGACUUUCGCAGCGUGAGAGAACUCAUCUGCGGAGCGGCGCCGCUUGCGAAGGACAUGAUAGCUGCAGUGAAAGGUCGUCUUGGCAUAAAAGCUAUUCGCAAUGGCUACGGCAUGACGGAGCUGUCGAUAGUGAGCGGAUUGAGCUCGCGCGACGAUGACGAUGACGAUUCACACGAAACUCCACAAUCCGGCGUACCCCUACCUGGUUUUCUUAGCAAAGUCGUCGAUAUCGAGACACAAGAGACGCUCGAUGCUGGUCAGGUGGGCGAGAUCUGCUACUUGGGAGAGCAAGUAAUGUUGGGUUAUUGGGACAAUCCUGAGUCCACCAGGCAAACCAUCGACCAGGACGGAUGGCUUCACACCGGCGACAUUGGCUACUACGACGAUAAGGACAGGUUGCACGUGAUCGAUCGCGUUAAGGAGCUGAUCAAGUACAAAGGCUUUCAGGUCUCACCGUCGGAAAUAGAGACGGUUUUACUAUCGCAUCCCGAGGUGAAAGACGCCGCGGUCGCCUCGAAACCUGACGAACGCGAUGGAGAGAGGGCCGUAGCUUUUGUAGUAAAGCAACCAGGUGCUAAAGUCACCGCCAAGGAUUUGCACGACUUGAUCAAACAGAAACUGUCGCCGCAAAAAUGGCUGUAUGGCGGAGUGCAAUUUAUCGAUGCCGUACCGAAGUCUCCUUCCGGCAAAAUUCUACGUCGCGAACUUCGGGCAAUGAUCGCUAAGCUAUAAUAGUAAAGAUCGCAUAUCG